GCCACAGCAUCCUGAGUUCAGGCAGACAAACUGAACACUCGAAUCAGCACAGCCAUCUCGCCUCUCCAGCACUCUUAUCAGACCAGCUUUCAGCAGUAGUGAGAAUUUUAGAUCAAGUCAAGGCAUCAAGAUGGGUGCAUUGCUGCUCAUGAUCCUGUAUGCUGGACUGUUCUGUGCCUACUCUGACAGCCACCAAGACAACAUAGAGACUCUAAUGGAUAAUGUUGUGGUCCUAAGGGUGCCUAAGGUUCUGGGCAGCAGGGUGUAUGUUCCUCUGACCUGUGGAGAAGUUUAUCAAGAUCAGCCUGUGUUUUGGAAGAGAAAUGGCAUGGAGCUUAACCCACCUCUGGAGGGGAACCAGGUCAGCGUUCUGGUGGAAGAAAUGAGUGGAGGAAACUACACCUGUCAUCUUGGCCCUGAUGGAGAAUACCUCAACCACACUCUGAUCCUGAUCCAACUGGACCCAGACAACAGGACUGUGAUACUGGAAGAGAAAUCCCCUGAGGAAGGUCACAUCCACUGUUCAACGCCCAAUUAUAAAGGUGCCUUCCACUGCACCUGGAAGAGAACGCAGACGAGUUCCAAUGCUGCUGUGCUAUUGGUGAAGGCAGAACGUAAUUUAGAAAAGAUUCCAUGUGAGCUGGAUGCUGAUGGAUCAGGGGUUCGCUGUCAGGACGCCACCUGCCCAUUCAAAGAGGAACAAGACCGCAUCUCCCUCACCAUUUACAUAUACAGCUAUGCUCGUCUGGAGGCCUACUCAAAGGUUUUCUACCUGAGAGAGAUUGUGAGGCCAGACAAACUCCCUAACCUGCACAUGAGCAGUGACAAAGUGUUCAGCUGGAACCUCCCCGACUCCUGGGAGAGACCUGACUCCUUCUUCCGCCUGCAGUUCCAGGUCAAGGUGGUCGAGCAUGGACAUUCCUGUAAUGGCGAAGUCAUGGCGGAAAACACCACUGAUGAAACUCAGUAUGAAGUCACCAUCAAAGCCAAGAAGUACGUUUUCUGUGUGCGAGCUCAGGACAAGUACGCCAAAGGGCCAUGGAGCCACUGGAGCCAAUGCAUAGUGAACAAACAAGGUGUGACCUGCUAGGUUUUCCACUGGACUGCCGCCAUGAAAAAAGGAAGAAAAUAAGAGGAAAACUUUUUUCUAAAGCCCAUUUUUUCUAGUUUUUAUACAUAUUUUUUGGAGCAAACUACAGAAACACGUGCUGUGCUUUGGGAGUGAGUGUAUUCCUGUACAGUAUUUAUUGACCAUUUAUUCUACAGAUAUACUGUAUAUUGUUGAAACAAUUAUUUGUAAUAUGAUCCCUUUAUGACCUUUGUUACUAAAAUGUUAAACAUUUCAUAAUAAAUUGAUGAACAUGAUAA